AUCAAGAUACCUUGGCAGAACGUCAGUUGAAAAGGGAAGCUACCAGCAAAAAGUGAAAUUCGUCAUCUUGGAACGAAAAAGAACCGUUCUAAAACGCCAUCAAAAGUUCCCGCAAGUGACAUCAGCUCAGCGCAAUCUGCAACCGUCGUCGUUGUCGCAGCCGAUUCAAGUUCCGGAACCCGGAGGAAGUGCCGUGCCGUAGGAGGGAGUGCCAUCUUCUGCUGCUACUGGAGCUUCUUCCUGCAAGUGGUGGACAAAGAAGAAGACGUGUGGGAAGAGUGAAGAGAGGAGACGCGGGACGAAACUGCUAGCAAAAGAAGAGGAGGGAAGCCAUCGCCGUUUUUCGUGAGGCCAUCGGAUAAUCGUUUUCCAGCUCGGUUUUUAUUUUUUCUGUGGGAAUGGCCCAGAACAUCAAUCCGGAACGGGCGGCCUCGUCGAACCCGUCCAAGCAGAAUGACGAAACGCUGAUAAACAACAACAACCACGCCGUUAGUAAAAGACUCCAGAAGGAGCUGAUGGCGCUGAUGAUGUCGUCGGAAAAGUCCAUUUCGGCCUUCCCGGAGGGCGAGAACUUCUUCAAGUGGAUCGGCACCAUCUGCGGCCCCGAGGACACCGUGUACAAGGGCCAAAAGUACAAACUGCUGCUCGAGUUUCCCAACUCGUACCCGUACUCGGCGCCGAACGUCAAGUUCCUGACGCCGUGCUUCCACCCGAACGUGGACCUCAGCGGUUCCAUCUGCCUGGACAUCCUGAAGGACAAGUGGUCGGCGCUGUACGACGUGCGGACGAUCCUGCUCUCGAUCCAGUCGCUGCUCGGCGAACCGAACAAUGACAGUCCGCUCAACUCGCAGGCGUCCCAGAUGUGGCCCAACCAGGUCGAGUACAAAAAGUACCUGGACGACUUUUACGAGAAGCAUAAAGAGGCCUAAAAGUGGGCGGAGUCUCGCGUAAGCAAGCAAACAAACAAUAGCAAACCAAUAAGGGAGGGAGGGAGGGGAAAAAAAAGGGGUUGAAUGCGAUGCAAUGAUGAUGAUGAACGAGAGCGCGAAAGAGCGAACAAUUUAGUAGGAGGAAAUUUAACCACGGGGACGAAACGACGACGACGCGCAACGUAGAUUCCCUUGGCUCGACGAUGUUCGCAGGUAAUUUUUAGUUUUCAUUUGAACAAGAAGCGUGAGACGGAUUGAGGGGAAAGAUUGGAUCAACACCGUUCGAUGGCUGGCGCGAAUUCGUAAUUCCGACAACUUUAUAUAUUUAUAGAAAAGCAAGUGACUAACCUUUUAUUGUAUGAUUGACUCAUGUACCACAGAUCUGUUUUGAUAUAAUUUAUUCCAUAUAAUUUAAACACAAACGCAGCGUGUUCUUCGUUUUUUGAGGCGUUUACGCACA